AUGGGUGGUGUCGCCGAAGUAGUAGUGGCCACGACGGUGUUGGAAAGCAAAGAGUGGUAUUUAGCUGCCUACGUACCAGAAAAUGUACCUACGUCUGAUCAUCUAAAGCUACGUACGACAAAAGUUUCUCUAGAACACAACUUGAUACCUGAUCAACAUGUUGUACUCCAAACGCUCCUAAUCUCCGUUGAUCCAUAUCUACGUUCAAUGAUGACCGGGCGUGUAGGUGAUCUAUAUUUGCCUCCACUUCAACUCGACAAGGUAAUAACAGGAUUUGGGCUGGGGAAAGUGGUGAAGUCGAAAAAUAGCAACUUGAAAGAGGGUGAUAUUGUCGUUAAUCCAUACUGCCCUGUUGCUGAGUAUUGUGUGGUACCAUUGGAUUUCCUUCAAAAGAUUGAUCCAACACCCAACAUUCCUUUGCCUAAUUACAUGAGUUCUCUUGGAGUUCCAGGAUUCACCGCAUGGGUAGCGAUAGAGCUAAUUUGGAACCCUAAACCCGAAUCAAAUGUGUUCAUAUCUGCUGCUGCCGGGGGCGUUGGAAUGUUUGCCGGACAAUUGGCUAAGUUAAAAGGAUGUCGAGUUGUUGGAAGUACAGGUUCGGACGAAAAGGUUCAGCUUCUGAAGGAAGAAUUUGGAUACGAUGAUGCAUUCAACUAUUGGAAAGAAUCAGAUUUUGAUGUCGCAUUAGCAAAGUAUUUUCCAAAUGGAAUCGAUUAUUACUUGGACAAUGUCGGUGGCAAAAUGCUUGAAUCUGUACUUAAUAAUGUCAACAAAGGUGCUCAUAUCGCCAUAAGUGGUAUGAUGUCUCAAUACAACACAAUACCCUCGGAAAGAGAAGGGGUGAAUAACCUAAUGAACAUGAUCGGAAAAGAGGUAAAGAUGGAGGGCUUUCUUUGUGGAACGUAUUUGAAUCGGUAUGGAGAAUUUGCACAACAGAUGGAAGUGUACUUGAAAGAAGAGAAGAUAAUAGCAAAGCACAAAAUAAAUGAAGGGAUUGAGAGUUUCUUGGAAAGUUUUGUUUCUCUAUUCUCGAGCUCCAACCUUGGCAAAGUCAUUGUUCAAGUUGCCAAAUGAUAAAAAAAAAAAGUGAUUUCUGUUCCAGUUUCUAUAUUAUCCAUGUCAGAAAUACUGUUAU